AUGGCGGGGCUCGCCGGAGUGGCUAUAGCACGGAACUUUUUGCAGGAGGUGAUGGUGGCUCAUGUCGCCCAUGUCCACGAGGCUGGCAACGAGCUCCGCAGGCUAGAGGUGUGCGCCCACCUGCCGGCGAGGCUCCUCGUGGUGCUACCGUCGUCGAUGGAGCGCGCGCGCGAGGAGACCGUCCGUCGACAUGGUGUGUUGGAAGGACGAAGGAGCACACCGUGA